ACUCAUUCAUACAAUGGUCAUAUGAAAAAAUCGGUUCCAAAUUCGUCCAAUAAUUAUCGUCGUUCUAAUUCACAAGCUGAUUGGUUUAAAGCAGUUCGUUCAAUGGCGUCUAAACGAUUUGCUGAAAGCAUUCGAUCCCAUUCAUCGAUGAGAAGGAGAAGUAUUGAUAAGGACAAAAACUUUAGUCAGUUCCAUUCUUCACCUGCCUCUAAUACACCUACGAGUACCAUCGGAUUUCCACGAUCAAAAUCACCAGGUGAUAUUAUUCAGGACAGUCGACUUUCACAUGCAUCACCAGGAGCUAUUGAAAGUCAGACUGGUAGAAGAAAUUCAAAUGCACUCCCUCAUGAUAUGCGAUAUUAUGUUUACAAUCAUUCAGCAUGGACAAUACAAAUUAGAAAAGAG